AUGGCUCCGAGUCAGAAGGUGACGAAAAAAUGGGAAAUCUUUGCCGGGCGGAACAAAUUCUUCUGCGACGGAUACUUGAUGACGGCACCAAACUCGGGCGUGUUUUACUUCACGGUCAUACUGAUUACCGCAACGAGUGGAUUAUUUUUCGUGUUUGACUGUCCAUUUCUGGCACAACGAAUCACACCAGCAAUUCCCAUCAUCGGUGGUAUACUGUUCAUUUUCACGCUAAGCUCCCUGUUUCGGACGGCUUUCAGUGACCCUGGCAUCAUUCCACGUGCAUCACAGGACGAGGCGGCUUACAUCGAGAAGCAGAUCGAGGUGCCGAACUCGCUCAACAGCCCCACCUAUCGGCCACCACCCCGCACCAAGGAGGUCUUCGUGAAAGGACAAACGGUGAAGCUCAAAUAUUGCUUUACGUGUAAAAUCUUCCGACCACCACGGGCCUCCCACUGCAGCUUAUGUGAUAAUUGCGUUGAUCGAUUCGAUCAUCACUGUCCGUGGGUUGGCAACUGCGUUGGUAAGCGAAACUAUCGGUUCUUCUACAUGUUCAUCGUCUCGUUGGCAUUCCUAGCAGUAUUCAUAUUUUCUUGCACAACGACUCACAUAGUAAUGUUAUUAAAGGAAGAUACCCAGUUCAUUGACGUCGUCAAGCGGACUCCUUCCAGUGUGAUAAUAGCGAUAAUUUGUUUCUGUUCGGUGUGGUCUGUUAUCGGGUUGGCUGGAUUUCACACUUAUCUUACUACGAGUGAUCAAACAACGAAUGAAGAUAUAAAAGGUUCAUUCAGCUCAAAGGGUGGCCAGCAGGCAAUAAACCCGUAUUCGCAGAGAAACAUUUGCUUAAACUGUUUUCACAUACUGUGCGGCCCGAUAACACCCUCGCUGAUUGAUCGGCGCGGUAUCGUUACGGACGAGUAUCGGACGCAAAUGCAGGCGACAGAUAAAUACAAUAGUGCCACUGUACCACCGUUGGUUGUGAUGCAGCCAGGAAUGGACACACUCAACAAACAUUACAGUUUGGAUCAUGAAUUGCAAAACGCCACCAAUGGAGGAGGUGUAGGUGGCAAUGGGGUGUACCGGCAGCGGAGCUACGAUAACUUACAAAACGUUCCGAUUCCAACUAAUUUCAAAUACUUUGCACCGCAGUCAAAGUAUAAUAGUGCCAGUGGGACAAACAUUGGUAAUGGUGCUGGCAGCACAUAUUGCUACAGCGAUCAGAGUCAGCUGUUAGGGUCAUCACUCGGUGGUGGAUUAUCUCCCUCUACGGUGCUGCUGAGAGGUGGUAUCGGUAGUGGACCGAUGCCGCUGCUAAAGAGCCAAUCUGAAUUUCUUCACCACACACAACAUGUGCUACAUCCUUUAACAUCGAAUGGGGCCAGCAGUGUUUCCCAGCAGCAGCUGCUCCAGCAAAAAACGCAACCAAUGCAUAUGAUGAGCUUGAACAUGACACUACCCCGUUAUCCAUACCAUCGGAAUCGAGCGAUCGGUAUUCGCAAAUCAUCUCAUGAUCUGCAGUUUCCAAUAUAUCAGCAUCAUCCGCUAGAAGAUGGUAAGCAAACGAUGUACGGUAGCAGUGGCACUUAUAAUUCGGGCCCAUACUGUUUGGGCAAUGUGCCGGAUAGUAGUACGAACAGCUUAAACAAUCACUUCAAUCCGGCGGCCAACGCACCUCCGCCAAUCGUGAUUCCGUACAGUAACGGUUUAAUGUUAAAAGAUUCGUCAGCCUCGUCGUCAUCGUCAGGCGGUUCUUCAUCCACCUCCGCUUCGACCGCUACCAUAUCGUCCAAUUCAACAUCUUCCGCUACCUCAUCGCUUGAUCGACGCUGCCGAAGCAAUCUGCUCCCAUCCGGUUCGGGAUCCGGUUCGUAUCUAGCAAGUUAUGAUACGAUCACUACGCUCUCGGAUCACCAACAACAGCAGAUGGUACAACAACAGGUACAGCAACGACAAAAUGUUGUCCCGCACACCUGCCCAAAUAGUCCACGGACGAUCCGCUGUGGUAGUCCUAGUUGCAGCAGUGAGUUGGAUCCGAUGCUACACUCGAAACCGAGCGGAGGUGGCAAGCAACACACUAGCGGGGCAUAUCAUCGCCAUCGACACCAUCAGCAACAAAAUGGAGGAUACACCAAAUUCUAUCGCAAGCCAUCUUAUCAAAUUAAAUCUUCCCAAUCGCCUACACCACCGCUGGCACUGCAGUCGCCCUUGACCGGUCCAACGACAUUUGGUAACAAUGGGCCAGGAACCAAUCCCGUGUCACCGGCUCUUUCGUUUAGCCAAUUUAGUCCCAGUUUCUGGAGUGCGAACACGUGUGUUUCGUCGAGCAAUCGGAGCAGUAUGCUAAGUGCGGCUAGUACAUUAGGUGGCAGCAGUACGCCGUAUGUGGAAUGUACGAACGGUAUGAAUGUGAGUGAUGGUGGUGGAAGUGGAGUUGGCGGAGGUGGCAUGGGUGGACAAGGCACAGGUGGCACUGGAGGAGGAGGAGGCGGAGGAGGAAUAGGAAAUGGAGGAGGAGGAGGAAUGGGAAACAAUACCGGUAAUAAUAGUCCGUACGUACAGCGGCGUGGCGGAAGCGACAAGCAGCGCUUCUCAAACGUUUUCGAGUAUCAGUUUAACAAUUUCGAUCUCAACUCGAUACAUGAGGAUGCUACGAACGAAACCUAG